AUGGUUUUAUUUGAAAUUCAGACGAGUAACGCGGUCGAUGACACACGAACUUUUUCUAAUUUAUUCAAGAAGAAACCAAUUGCAAAAGAGUCAAACUUCUGCGACUGCUCGUGUGGUUUGCGGAACGAGGGUAGUCGAAUCGUGGGGGGACAAACGACGCUCAUGAACGAGUUCCCCUGGCAAGUGCGACUGUCUUAUCUGAACAAAUUUUAUUGCGGUGGCACCCUGGUCAACGAUCGUUACGUGCUCACAGCUGCGCAUUGCGCGAAAGGGUUUAUAUGGUUCUUGAUAAAGGCUACCUUCGGAGAGCAUGAUCAGUGCAUGCGAGACGCCAAGCCCGAGACGAGGUUCGUCGUGAGAGCGAUCCUGGGUAACUUCAGCUUCUUGAAUUUCGAUCACGACAUCGCUCUGCUCAGACUCAACGAGAGAGUCCCAUUGUCCGAAACCAUAAGGCCGAUUUGCCUCCCGAAAAUUCAAGAUAAUCUUUACGCGGGGAAGAGCGCAGUGGCGUCUGGCUGGGGAACGCUGAAAGAAAAUGGCAAGGCAUCUUGUUUAUUGCAAUCGGUUGACUUGCCCGUGAUGAGCCAGACCGACUGCCGAAUAAACACGGACUACAAGCCGCGCGCGAUCACCGACAACAUGAUGUGCGCCGGGUACUCGGAAGGGAAAAAAGACUCCUGCCAGGGCGACAGCGGCGGGCCAUUGGUUGUCGAGCGAGCUGACGGGAAGUACGAGCUGAUCGGAGUGGUGUCUUGGGGCAACGGAUGCGCGAGAGCAGGUUACCCGGGCGUCUACAGCCGUGUUACGCGCUACUUGGACUGGAUCGCGGACAACAGCAAAGACGGCUGCUUCUGCCAACAUACGGGCGGCGCGCGCCGGCUUAUAACGCCGCGCGGCGCGCAGAGGCCAGCGCACUCCGGCGACGAGCGCCAGCCCGCUCGUCCUCAGUUGGCCAUGCCCAGAACGGGCCUCUGCCGCGGCUUGCAGCUGCUGCUCCUGCUGCUGGCGCUGCUGCUGCCGCUGCUGCUCGCCGCCCAGCGCAGCGUCCCGAACGCGCAGGCGGACCAGGCCGGGAGGCGACCGCGGCGGCUCCUCGACCUGCUGACCGGCAAGUUCCGGGCGUGCUUCUACUGCACCUGCGGCAGGUCGAACCGCUCGGGCGCCAGGUUCCUCGGCGGCGAGCGCGCGCUCAGCCACGAGUUCCCCUGGCUCGCCAGCGUGCACGUGCGGGGCGGCCAGCCGGUGGGCGGCGCCCUGAUCAACGACCGCUACGUGCUGAGCGCGGCCAGCCCGCUGGCGCGGGCCACCCCGGCGGACGUGAAGGUGUCCGUGGGCGAGCACGACCGCUGCAGCCCGCAGGUCUCCUCGGCCAACGUCAGCGUCGAGGCCGUCGUCGCGCACCCCGGCUUCAGCCAGCAGUCCCGCGCCCACGACCUCGCGCUCGUCCGCCUCAGCCGCUCCACUCCGUUCGAGAGCCGGCUGCUGCCGGUUUGCCUGCCCGACGCCGGCACCUCCUCGUACCUGGGUCGAGUAGGGACACUCGCGGGAUGGACAGAGAUCGAGCGGGCGUCGGUGGCCAGCGACGACGGCGUCGCGGGAAGAGGCUGCCUGCCGCGCAAACUGGGCCUGCCCAUUCUAGGACGGCGAGAGUGCAUCGCAGGCGGCGUUAAACCGGCCGACUAUCACGAAGAGAGCGGCUGCAUUGGCGUCGUUGGACCAACCUCUAUCGUUUGCCAAAACGACAUCGGGUCCUCGGUAUUGUACAGGUCAUACAGUGGCUUUUACGAUCUCGUAGGGAUCGUAUCGGACAAAAACAAUUGCAAUGACACUGUUGGGACUGCAAUCUUUACGAGAAUCGGGCCUUAUUUGGACUGGAUUUUCCAAAAUACCAAAGACGCGUGCUAUUGUUUCAGACCUUUUGAACUACCAGAAAUUAAAUCGUCAAUGUAUGCAUAUUAAUUCUAAAGCACGCCUAGUCUAAUCUUCAUUUCGACAACUGCACACGAAUAUUCAAAUCAUAUAUUUUUGUUGAACAUGUACUAUCACCACUAAAUAACUUGAAAGAAAGGAUAAUAACUAUUUGUUAUGACUUUAUAUUUCUGCGCAUAAGCUUGAUAAGCAAACAUUCCAUUAUUUUUUAUGCGAAAUACAGCUACAUUUCAACAGCGAAAUAAUAAAUUAUCAAUAGAAAUGAACAUGAAACUAUAACCACCAUUUUGUA